GCCUCCUGUCUGUGUGACUCCUGUGCGCAGCUGCAGGAAGCGUGUAUGCGGAAGCGGUGUCUGAGCAGAAACGUGGAUCGCUUUUAAAGUUAUUACAGCUUCAUCAGCGGUUUGAUGCCAUGAAGAUAAACGAGAACACUUUACUGGAGGGACACAGAGUCGUGCUGGUUCCUUACAACGUAAACCACGUGCCCAGGUAUCAUGAGUGGAUGAAGUCUCCGGAGCUGCAGCAGCUGACCGCUUCAGAGCCGCUGACCCUGGAUCAGGAGUACGACAUGCAGAAGAGCUGGAGGGAAGAUGACGACAAGUGCACGUUCAUAAUUUUGGACAAGCAGCGGUGGGCUGACCCCAGUGUGGAGGAGGAGCAGUACCUUUCACCUCCCCAGCAUCACAAACAUGGUAAGGAGAUGCAGGGUUACCCACUUUAA